AUGAAAUUAGGAUAUAAUGAAAUAAUGAUAACAUCAAUGUAUUUUAAUGAUAUUAAUGAUUUUAUUAAUUUAGAAUUUGGAAUUAAAAGAUUUCAACCAAAUAUGGAACGAUUUCAUUUUAAUCCAAUUCCUUUAGAUAAAUAUUCAAGAAAAUUCUUUCAUAAUAUUGAAACAUUUCAUAUUUAUAAUAAAUAUGAUGAAAUAUUUAAUGAUGGAAAAAUAUUUAAAUAUGUAAUAUGGUAUAAAGUAAGUUAUUCAACAUAUUUAAAAGAAAAAGAAAAAGGAAAUAUCUGUAAAAAUAUAGAAUAUACAAAAGAAGAUAGAAAAUCAUAUGGAAAUACAAUACCACGAGAAGUUACAACACUUGGAGAUGAAUGUUUUAAAUAUUGUUCAACAAUAACAACAAUUAAUAUACCAUCAUCAAUUAGUAAAAUAGGUGAUUAUUGUUUUUAUAAAUGCUCACCUUUAAAAUCAAUUAAUAUACCAUCAUCAAUUACAUCAUUUGAAAAAUCAUAUUUUUAUGAAUUGAAUGAAAAGAAGAAUUAA